AUGGGUAAAAAUCACAAGAAAAAAGGUAGAUAAAAUAAGCGCAAUCAACAACCAUUACCACCUUUAGGGGAAGAUCUUAAGUAAAAACUGAAUUUGGAAGGUAUCAAGAUUUAAUAAUAAAAAAAGCUUUGGAAGGCAUUAAUAUAUUAAAAUUUUCAAAAGAUCUUUUCUUAAAGAAAUAAAUAAAGAUGGCUUAUUUAUUAUCAAAAACAUGGUUAGAUAUAUGGAAAAUGCAUGUUGGGUAUGAUGCAGUGUUGAAAGGUGAAUAACCAGGAGGAAAGAAAUAUGGAAGACAAUAAAUUGGAGAGAUUAAUAAAGAUAUAAUAGCAAAUGAAGAAUAAUUUCAUUCAGCACCAGAAUUAUACUAUUAUUUUGAUCCUCCUAUUAAUGAUGUUUAACCUAUAAAAGAUUACAUUCUUGUAACAUAAGAAGUUUGGGAUUUCUUUGAAGAAAAAUACAAAGGAAAAGCUGUAAGGAGAAUAGCAAAUGAGGAAGAAGACUUUAAUUUAAAGAUAAUAAGUGUAAUUUUUAGUUGAUAUUAAAGCCUCAUGUAAUAUUUAUGACUCAAGAGAAGAUUAAUCAAAUUUGUGAACUUAAUUAAAAUUAAUUAGUCAAUUCUCUUGAUUUAUUGAGAAUGAGAAAAGUAUAAUUAUUUAGUGAUUGGAAAUUUGGAGAUUUGGAAACCUAUUGUUAAUAAGUUAUGGAGAAUGAAAAUAUUUAAAUUUGGUUAAUGAAUCCAAUUUAUGAACAUAAUUAGAUUAAAUUACAAUUAAUUAAAACUAUACAUUAACAGAAAAAUAUUUUAUUAGGUGAAUAAUUAUUAGAAGCAGAAUUUCAAAAAUUUUAAUUAUCACAAUUUAUUAAAAACCAUUAUGUAUUAGUGGUUUUUUCAAAUAAUAUUGAAUUAUCAGAAUUGAAUGUUAAAUUUGAACUAAAUUAAAAUGGAUGUUGUUUUACUUGUGGAUCAAAAGCUUUGUUAAAUUAUUCAUGUGGUUGCAAAAAAGUAUUUUAUUGUAGUGAUACUUGCAGAUAUAAAGAUUAAGAAUUUCAUUCUAAAAUAUGUUAAAAAGCUUAUGAUUCAUAAGAUGAUGAUGAUUUUGAUGCAAUAACUUAUGAAACUAUUAUUACUGGAUAAGGAGUAGGAUUAGUUAAUUUAGGUAAUACUUGUUAUAUGAAUUCAUCUUUGUAAAGUUUAUUUAGUUCUACUCAUUUUUAGGAAUUUCUUUCAAAUAAAUUAUAUUGGACCUAAAAUACUAUUAAAAGAAAUGUUUAAUUAAAUUAUAAAUUAGAAAAACUCUUUAAAAAUCUUAUGACUUAAAAUUAAGCAUUUUCUCCAUAUAGUUUUAGAUAAUAAUUGGCUAGAAAAUUUCCUUUUGUAAAUAAUUCAUUUGAUUAAUUAGUUUGGGAAUAAUUUUUAAUAAGAUGCUGCAGAAUUUAUACUAUAUCUUUUAGAUGCAUUAAAUGAAGAGUUGAUUUAAAAAGAGGAUCAAUAGAAAAUUUAAUCAGAAUAGCAAUAAAUAAUUUUAACUGAUAUUGAUAAGACAGAAACAGAAUAAGUUAAUAGUGAUAGUGAAGAUGAAAGCAGUGAAGAAUAGGAAAAAUCAGAAACUUAAUAAAAAUAAUAAUAAUAAUAGUAGCAAAUAUAGUUUCAUAAGAAAGUGUAAUAAAAUGUAUAUUAUAAUUUUUAAUAUUUAUUAGAUUAAUAAUAAUAAUUAUGAAUAGGCUUUGGAAUAGAUCCAUAAAUUAAAUAGCUCUAUCAUUAUUAAAAAUUAUUUAGGAAUAACUAGAUCAGAAAUUGAGUGUCCAAUCUGUGAAUAAAAAACAUAAAGUUAUGAAUAAUUUUUAAUUUUACCACUUUCAUUAAAUGCUCCAACAUAAUCUAAACAUUUAGUAGAUGUAUUUGUUAUAUCAAAUGAUUGGUAUAAACCAUAUUAAAAAGUUGUUUAUGAAUAUUAACCUAAUUAAACAUUAUUAUUAGAGGUUAAAAGAGACAUUGGUGAAAAAUUGGGAAUUGAAGCAACAUAUUUAUUAGGGGCAAUGUGUUCAAAUAACACAAUAGAUAUGUAUUUAUUUUAUGAUGAAGAUCAUUUAUCAAAAAUUCUUAAUGAUAAUUAAAAUAGCUAUUUUUGUUUAUUUUAAUUAGAUUAAAGCAUUUAUUCAAUAACUGAUGAAGAUCAAUAUUUUGAUGUCAUGAUAUAUUCAUUUGAAAAAAAAAAUGCCUUCUCUUACUAAUGUGAAUAUAUUUGUGCAGCUAUUCCUAAGAUUUUGAUAGUGAAGAAACAAUUUAAUGCAGUUUAGAUUUAUCAAUAAAUCUGGAAUAAACUUGGAGAACAUUCCAAAUCAGAUUAAUUAAUGAAUAUUUAAAUAGAUGAACCAUAAUAGGAAAACUUAUUAAAUUCAUAAUAACUUAAUGAAAUCUUGAAUUAUUAAGUAAUUAUUCAAAUUAGAUUACCUUCUAAAAUACCAUGUCCAUUUACAUGUGGUAAAUAAUUUAAGAAAGAUUAAAAACCUCAUUAAUGUUAAUUACCUUUUAAUAAUUCAAUAUCUUUAUCCGAAUAUUUGUAAAAAGUGAACUAUUAAAAUUCCCAUACUUCACUAUCUAUAGAAUUUAUGGAAAAUGCAAUUCCAAAAUCUUUAAGAAUAGAAUUUGAACCAAAAACAAAUUAUCAUAAACAAGAUAAAUGUAAAAAAUUUAUAAAUUUUUUUAGCAUUAAACCUUUUAGAUUUAAUUAACAAUUUCUAAUCUAAAGAACCUUUAUUGGAUGAAAAUGCUUAUCACUGUACAAAAUGCAAUGAUUUAACUUUCGCUAUUAAAACAAUGAGUCUAUAAAAACUUCCAGAUUAAUUGAUAAUUCAACUCAAAAGAUUUUAGUAUGAUGAACUUAAGGGAUUCUAAAAAAACAAUAUUUUAGUGACAUACCCUGAAAACUUAGAGAUUAAUUAAAUUCACUAUUAAUUAUAUGGAGUGGUUUAACAUUUUGGAGGAUUGGACAAUGGUCACUAUAUAUCCUAUGGGAAAAGAUAAAUGAAAUGGAUUGAAUUUAAUGAUGAAUCAACAAAAGAAUUAUCAAACAGUGAUGUAAUUAAUGAUAAGAAUGCCUACAUUCUAUUUUACUAAUAGAAAUGAUGUUUAUCUG